GCCCGCGGCCGGAACAGGUCAUGGACGCGCCGCGCAGCCGGCUGGAGCCGCCCCCGCUCCCGGAGUACAGCUGCAGCUACGUGGUGUCGCGGCCGGUGUUCAGCGAGCUCGCCUUCCAGCAGCAGCACGAGCGGCGCCUGCAGGAGCGCAAGACGCUGCGGGAGAGCCUGGCCCGCGGCUGCAGUUGUUCAAGGAAGAGAGGCCUUGGUGUGCUGAAGACUCUCCUGCCCAUCUUGGACUGGCUCCCCAAAUACCGAAUCAAGGAAUGGCUGCUUAGCGACAUCAUCUCGGGAGUUAGUACUGGGCUAGUGGGCACGCUGCAAGGCAUGGCGUACGCUCUGCUAGCCGCGGUUCCUGUUGGAUAUGGUCUCUACUCUGCUUUCUUCCCCAUCCUGACAUAUUUUAUCUUCGGAACAUCAAGACACAUCUCAGUUGGGCCAUUCCCAGUGGUCAGUUUAAUGGUGGGAUCUGUCGUACUGAGCAUGGCCCCGGAUGAACACUUCCACACAUCCAGCGGUAAUGGCACUGCAUUCAAUGCCACCGUGAUAGACUACGCGGCUAGAGACGCAGCAAGAGUUUUGAUUGCGAGCACCCUUACUCUUUUGGUUGGAAUCAUCCAGUUGAUAUUUGGAGGUUUGCAGAUUGGAUUCAUAGUGAGGUACUUGGCAGAUCCUUUGGUUGGCGGAUUCACAACAGCUGCUGCCUUCCAAGUGCUGGUCUCACAGCUGAAAAUCGUUCUCAACGUUUCAACCAAAAACUAUAAUGGAGUUCUCUCCAUCAUCUAUACUCUGAUUGAGAUUUUUCAAAAUGUUGGCAACACCAAUCUUGCUGAUUUCAUUGCUGGAUUACUUACCAUUAUCAUCUGUAUGGCAGUUAAGGAAGUGAAUGAUCGAUUUAAGCACAAAAUUCCAGUCCCUAUUCCUAUAGAAGUAAUUGUGACAAUAAUUGCUACUGCCAUUUCAUAUGCAGCCAACCUGGAAAAAAACUACAAUGCUGGCAUUGUUAAAUCCAUCCCGAGGGGGUUUUUGCCUCCUGUACUUCCACCUGUGAGCCUGUUUUCUGAGAUGCUGGCUGCCUCAUUUUCCAUCGCCGUGGUGGCUUAUGCUAUUGCAGUGUCUGUCGGAAAAGUUUAUGCCAUCAAGUAUGAUUACGCCAUCGAUGGGAACCAGGAGUUCAUUGCCUUUGGGAUCAGCAACAUCUUCUCCGGAUUCUUCUCGUGUUUCGUGGCCACCACUGCCCUGUCCCGCACUGCCGUCCAGGAGAGUACUGGGGGGAAGACUCAGAUUGCUGGCAUCAUCUCGGCAGGGAUUGUGAUGAUCGCCAUUGUCGCCCUGGGGAAGCUGCUGGAACCUUUGCAAAAGUCAGUCUUGGCCGCUGUUGUCAUCGCCAACCAAGGGAUGUUUAUGCAGGUGUGUGACAUUCCUCGUCUGUGGAGACAGAAUAAGAUCGAUGCUUUGAAGGCAACUAACUACAAAACUCCUCCAAAUGCUAGAAAAUAUCAGAUGUAG